AUCGCUGUUGGCCCGGAACAAUCAAGACGAUCGACGUGGAUCUCGUUAAAAAGCGAUCCCUGGGUCCUGUCAGAAAUUUAUGGUGCAUCGAAAAGAAGGACUGAAUGGGGCUACCUCGCGAUAACAUUGAAUUCAUGCAUACGAGGAAGAAAGAAAUAACCGGGAAUAAGUGUUAUCAGCCAGGUGAUAAGCACCCUUGUUGGCCGUGAAACCGACGAGCUGACAACGGGAUUCUUCUCUCUCUUUCUCCACCUUCCCUUGUACGGCCGAAGGAGGGUGGCUUGGAAGGUCCUCGAGCUGGAACGGAAGCCACAACGCUCGCAGGGGGCCGCGGGAAAUGAUAGAAGAUGAGCGCGACCGGCGAAGGAGGACCGAGGGAAGAGUGAAGGAACCGAGGAAGCUAUCCGGAACAACGAAAAUGAGAUGGGAUGCUGCGCUCUGUCUACUCUCGUUGCUGCUCUUCUCGCUGGCCAAUCUUUGCUGGGCUUUCGUCGAAACCCGAGGAUGCAACCGUACUCUCAGGAAUUCUGUUGGAUGGAUACGAUGGACUGGUCGAAUGGGACGGUGCAUCGUUCGGAUCAGAGCACCACCUAGAGAUCCUCAGGUGAUCGAGUUGAAAGUAAGGAGGUUGCAAGUCGGUUUUCUGAAAGAAACCAGAUGCGAGGGUGCUUACAUUCAAUUCUCUGAUGGAGUCGAGGACCUCGAGGACGAAACGGGACGCUAUUGCGGUCAUGUGAGUGGCAACACAACCAGAUUGUUCCUGAGGAAGGGGCCCAACCUGACGAUCAUAAUGGACUCGGAGGAAAAGUUCGCCGCUGAGAAUCCAGUGAUCUUCUCCGCCCAGUUUUCGAUCCUGCCAACCCAAUUGGCCAUCGAACGACAUAGGGGCUUCACGCCGUCCCCGUCGUCCGAGUGCCCGUUGGAAUGUGCCGUGAGAAACGAUCGAAGGUCCUGCAAGCUCGCGUCCCCGGGUUACCCGGGCGUCUAUCCCCGCGGUAUCAGAUGCAGGAUCACGCUGGAAUCGGGCACGGGUCGUUUUAAAAUCGGCGGCCAACCCGACGACCUUUUCGAUUUGAUGAACCGAACGUCCCAGGACAGCUGCCAGACGGAGAACUGCGAGCAGCACGUGGAAAUCGUGGCGGAAGCCCCGAAGACGAGGGUCGCCAGAUCGGACAUCAGGCGAGCGAGGAGCCUCGAUCACGAGGAGGAGCUGGAAUUUAUCAUUGGCCAAGCGUCGCGCAAGUUCAGGAAGGGCAGAAAUAAUCGAAGAAGGCUUAAGAAAGUCAAGAAGGAAGUGGUUGGAUCGAAGGAUACGAGCCAUUCUCGCGGAAGAGAAGAGGAUAAACGGAGAAAUAACGACCGUUCGAAAGAGAUCACCGAGCAGUCUUCCGCGGACGUCUUCCUCGGCAGGAGUAGCCCCAGACUGUCCGGCUAUCGCGAUCAAGGACCACGGUCCGAAUCUAUUCAGAAGAGACUUCGUCAUCCGCAACGCGUCCAUAAAAUGUCCAUGGGCUCGAUAAGCCCUAAGAGGAAUUCCGAUCAUGAUCUGCAGGAUAUAUCGAACCUGAAGAUCCUGCCCGACGGAACUCACGUGAUUGCCAGGAAGGGAUCCAGCCAGCAAAGUACCGCCGUCCUCCAGGUUCCCGAAUAUCGGUACGUGAGGAGGAGCCGGUUACAAGAUAAGUUGGGAAGCACCAGUUGCGUAGGCGAUUACCUCGCGCUGCUGGAGAACGUGGACGGGUCCAUUUUGGAGAUUUCCAAAUUCUGCGGCAAAGGGCACGUGCCACGGAUACUUUCGCGCGGGAAAGACGUCAUCAUCGAAUUCUUCUCGGAGCAGGAGGGGACCAUAAUGCACGGCGGUUUCCAGUUGUCCCUUCAGGAAACCGACGACGCGCCGGGCGUGAAACGCGAGAAAAACUGCGAGUUCGUCUACAAAAGCACCGAACGUACCAGGGAAAAUAUAAAAUCGUUGCAGAGUUGGUAUCCACCGAACACUCUUUGCAGUUACGUGUUCAUAGGCAGGUCCACCGAGAAGAUCUCCAUUCACAUAAAGAUAAUCAGGAACGAGCCAGACCAGGAACACCAGUCCCAGAAGCAAAAUGUCACGUUCAAUUACUGUUCGGGGAACGAAAUUGCUGUUUACAAUGGAAUAGAGGCAAAUAACAGUGGCCUGAUGUGGUCCUACUGCGACGUGUCCCACCAGGACAUCAAUAAUAUACAAGUUCCUCUGACAUCCGCUGGAAACGAAUUGUUGAUACAAUAUUACAGCGCCAAAGGGUCGUACGAUGGUCAAGAGUUCACUUACACGAUAUCGUACAAAUUUACGAAGAAGUUGCAGAACUUUACCACCAGGCGGCAAGUCCAAGACGACUUUAAACUUAUCUCUCUGAGGCCGGUAAACUUUUCAGUGUUGAAUCUGAACGAAAGUGAGAACUGUAACUGCGAUUUUGGCGACAGAAUCGGCAGCUUCAAGAACUGGUUCAUGGUACUCGUUGUCCUGGGGAUCGUCUCCUUUCUCGGCGCCAUUCUCACGAUAAUCGCGCUACUCGCUAAAUGUAUAAAAAUGAAGUCGAUGGAGAAGAACCUCCUGCAGACGCCGAAAUUAUGAAUUCGAUGGAAUUCGUCGUCAUGUUCCGAUCUGGAUCUUCACGAACGCACACCUAAUUAACCUGUAAACAGACGUCCAAAAUUAACAGGUAUUCUCAACGCUUUUUCAAAAACAAUCAUCAAGUAAAAAUUAAUUUUUAUUUCAGUGAUUCAUUAAAUUUCAAAGAUAUAUUAAUUUUCAUUAGGAAUUAUUAAAGUUCUUUUUCUGCUAGAAUAAGGUGGGGUAAUCCCGGUCACGCUAACAAGUGCUAUAUAAUUUUCACAAAUUACAUAUUCGACACUUUUUUGGUCUUAAACGAUGGCUUAAAGAAUUUAGUUUGCAUCAAUAUGAUAAAAGAAGUGAAAAUUUAUGUUGUACCAAAUUGAAUUCUUAAAAUCAAAAAGUCCGGAUACACUUUGUAUAUUCCAUCCUGAAUACUCUACACGUGCUCAUUGCCCAUAGGAUCUGCACCUUCCAUCUUUUCAAAUUUCUUACAAUAAUACGGACAUUUUACACUGUAAAACCACAACUCAAAAUAGUGUAAAUACAAUCACAGUAAUAAUUAAUAUUGUAAAUCUAAUGUAAAUAUAAACUAUUGUAGCUUCUUUAAUUCUC